ACUCCUCACUUGGGCCACCUAUAUAUUGGUCCGUACCGGAGGCCCGAAUUUCCAGAAUUUUUCAGCACAAAAUACCAUAUUUUCGUUGCCGAGAAACACGCGGUCUAAUUUUUUUAAGGCUUGCACUUUCAAUACACACCCCAAGACGUUCUUGAGUUUCGAUCCGUUUCCCAAAUCGAUUCCAGCCAUUUAUUAGAUUUGAAAAUUUCCGACGCACACCGGUCUUAGCCACGGCUGCGGCUCAUCGCCCACUAGAUACUCAGACCAUUUUCGGGCCCAGCAAACCAAAGCUGCACAAUACAUUUCCACCCUUCUUUUCCCAGCCUAAUUUCAAAUCCAGACGCUUACUUCGUGAAAAUCCACACAAUGCAAAUGCUAUACACCUCCCCUUACGGGUUCCCACGUGAGGCCAAAUACGCGCAGUACAGACCCCCAGUUUCGGCAUUGUCGUCCCCUUCGGCAAAUUCGUCUUCAUCAUCCGAUUCACAGGACGACUUGUUGCCUGAAUUAUGGCUCGAGUCUUCGCCGUUGGAGAACUACUCGUUUCUGAGCCCCGAAACGGCCGUUCUUCCGGGUUCUGCCCAGCCACGUGUGACAGUUCAGCAGAACUUCCCCCUCAACCCUCGGUUUCUGAUGGACCAUGCCUCUGUUUUCGCGGAGCGUGACGCCCCAAGAGCUUUCGAAAGCUCUUUCUUGCUCCGUGAGGAGUCCUUGGAAUACGCUGAACUGCUCUUGCCGAACAGCCUCUUGUUUCCUGUGACCGGUGGGAACAGGACAAGCUCCAAAGCGCGUCACGAGCAUUCUGGGAAUGACUCGUGUUUGCCGCAAUUGUACAAGACCGAGCUCUGUGGGUCGUUCAUGAAACUGGGCACGUGUCCCUACGGAGGCAAGUGCCAGUUUGCGCAUGGCGAGAACGAGCUCAAGUCCGUUGAGAGACCCUCCAACUGGAGGUCCAAGCAGUGUGCCAACUGGGCCCGCAGCGGCUCUUGUCGGUACGGAAAAAGAUGUUGCUUCAAGCACGGGGACUGACCAUGUGGCAGGUCCUCGCCGGUGGACUGCGCACUGGCAUAUAUAUUUAUUCAAAGCCUUAAUGAUACUUAUGAUACUACCGCUCCACGUGCCCGUCUCCAUUUCUGUCUCCAUACGUUAUCC